GCAUUCGACGCAGAAGCAUUUUGUGCCGAAGCGUGUCGCGACACUGGGGGAGGCUAUUUCCCGUACCCAGGCGAUUGUUGUCGCUAUAUUGUCUGCGCCAAGACAGAAGGGGUUCGUGAAACAGACCCAGAUUUCAUCUCUACUAGCAUCGCCCGAUGCCCUUCGACGCUCCUAUGGUCAAAGGAGAAGGCGACGUGUGACUACCCAUUCCACGUACCAGAUUGUGAUCUAAGCUGUCAUGAAUCAGAACCGGAGCCUUCGACUCUGUCCCCACCACCGAUAUAUAACGCAUCGAGGGAAUGCAUCAGAGAAAAUGACAUCUACAUUGCUAAUGUGCCCUCAUUUACGGAGAGCUGUUACAUGAUUGAAGACGGAAGUGAAGAAUUGCUAUGUUGCCCUUCUGGACAGGUCUUUAAUCUCACUGAGUGUGGAUGCGUUCUUGAAAGCGACCCAGAGGUACGCCAAUGUAAUUGCAUUUUGGUGUUCGAUUUUGACAACGAGGAUAAUUUCGGAAGCACCCAAUGGGAAACAUACCUCGAUAUACAUGGAAAGCUGGACUUUGAGAUAGAGGAUGAUAGCGAUCCACUUCCUGGAUUUCCCGUCAAUAAAAAGGGGUGUUUUGAUGGAGAGAACGACGCUAUUGAAGUGCCGUUCUUCAAUUCAUAUAUUUAUGGUGGUACUUUGUCCAUAUUCUUCUACUUUGAAAUUCCUGAAGAUGCGCCAUCGUAUAUGGGAUUGCUGAGCAACGGGUGCUGUAAUGACUCUGCAACCAUUGCAAUGUGGAUCGAAGAUGGGAAAGCCUACCUGAAUUUUACCACAGAGAAGGCAGCACUUGUGAAGUAUCCUUUUGAUGAGAUUGACCCUCUGUUCCCAAAUGAACUUAACGAUGUGACGUUCGUGUACUGUGAUCCAGUGCUAGAAUUCCACUUCACGGGUACCCAACACGAGAAGAGCAUCAUUCUGGGAGGAGAUAUUGUGACGACACCGUGUCCAUUGCACAUAGGUUCAAUAAAUGGUGAUGAAAACACACGAUUUAAAGGUUGUAUGGAAAAUUUUGUCAUUUGUCAAGACUGUUGGGCGCAGUUUGACGAAAGAAGAAUACUAUUUCUUCAGUCCGAUCUGAGAGCAGGUAUACUUGAGAGUGUCGUCUGUCCAACUAUCAGUUAGACGUCAACCUGGAGGAAUUAGACAGGCCUGAUGAUCAUCAAAUAUUCAAUCUUGACUUUGGAUAUUGGAAAACUGAAUUGAAAAUAGUUAGCAUUAUGCCAUAUUGACUGUGAAUUAUACAAAAUUGACUUCCGAAUCGGCUAAUGCAAAACUUUCGAAAACAUAGUGGUUAUGAAAAAAAGCCAAUUGUGAAUUUUGGACAACCUACUAUGACGUUUACAAACUUUGACUAUCAAGAUCACGAUGAUCAGAGGAUAAAUUAGUGACACUUGGCUGAUACAAAAUUGAAAAUGAAUUAUGGAAGUAGCUGAUAAUGAAUUAUGCAAAACUGCCUGAGUAAUGCAAGACUGGGUAUGGCUUAUAAAAACAGGGUGGAGACUGUGUAAUACCAAACUAGAAAUGGCUUAGACUGAUUUUGUCUCAUUAUUAUCUGAAUAUCAUUUAUUAAAUAUCAGAAUAUUAUUUUAGUAUGUUAUAUGAUUUGUAUCACUAAUAAUUGUAUUUAAGCAUAAAAUUAAACUUAUGAGGUGAAAUAAACGGAC